GCACCAAAAAUCUAUCGAACGCGAGGGAUGGCUACACUGUCCCUCUCUUCUUCACUCUUCUCCAAGCCUUUUCUUCCUCUCAAACUCAAAACCUUCUUCCACACCCUCCCUCGCAUCACAUGCUCCGCCGCCUCCUCCUCCUCCUCUACUUCUUCUUCACUAGAAUUCAACAUCACAUUUGCCCCUCCUAAACCCAAACCCAAGGGGUCGCUGAAUGACGUCCACGACUCCAUCUCCACCGGCUCAGUUCCCUGGAUAGUGCGCGGCGAAGAUGGAAACCUCAAGCUCCAGACGCACCCGCCAGUGCAACUCGUCCACGCCCUGGCCGAUACCAAGAGCGCAAAUCCUACCGACAAGAAGAAGAACAAAAAGAAGAGUGCCCCCAAGACUCCUACGCCCGAGCCCAAGUAUUCAAAGGCAGCCAGGAGAUUCUACAACGAGAAUUUCCGGGCUCCCGCUCAGCGCCUCAGUAAAGUUCUUGCUGCCUCUGGUGUGGCAUCAAGAAGGAGCUGUGAAGAGCUAAUCUUUGAAGGUCGGGUGACUGUCAACGGUUCUGUAUGCAAUACUCCACAGACUCGAGUUGAUACUGUGAGGGACAUCAUUUAUGUCAAUGGAAACCGGCUUCCAAAGAAACUGCCACCAAGGGUUUAUCUUGCUCUGAACAAGCCAAAAGGGUAUAUUUGCUCAUCUGGGAAAAAAGAGUCCAAGACAGUUAUGUCUCUGCUUGAUGAUUAUUUGAAGAGCUGGGAUAAAAUAAAUCGAGGGGUGCCCAAACCGCGGCUCUUCACUGUUGGCCGACUUGAUGUUGCCACUACCGGAUUGAUCAUCAUAACUAAUGAUGGAGAUUUUGCUCAAGCCCUUGCACAUCCUUCGUCUAAUUUAACAAAGGAAUACAUUGCAACCAUAGAUGGUGCAGUAAACAAGCAGCAUUUGAUAGCUAUUAGUGAAGGAACUAAUAUUGAAGGUGUCCAUUGCGUCCCAGAUUCUGUGGAGUUGCUACCACGUCAGCCUGAGAUACUACGAUCUCGUAUUCGUAUUGUGGUUCAUGAAGGAAGGAAUCAUGAAGUUCGAGAACUAGUGAAAAAAGCUGGCCUUGAGAUUCAUUCCUUAAAGCGUGUGCGAAUAGCUGGUUAUAGACUUCCAUCAGACCUUGGGCUUGGGUACCACGUUGAAUUGAAGAAGGCUGACCUACUGGCACUGGGUUGGAAGAAUUAAAGAACUUGCUUCGCAAUGACUGAGUUUCAACUCUCUCAGCUGGAAGGGAGUUUGCUUACACAAUACCACUUCAUGGGAUGUAGAAGAUAUUUGCUCACUCAGGUCAAUGGGUGAAAAUUUACUAAAUCACGUCAACUGCGCCACACUGAUGACAGUACGGAUUUAUGAGUUGGCUUACCUCUCAGUUCAAAGUCGGGUUCAGGUAAAUAAUAGAUCUAUGAACAGAAGGCAAACCUAUGUCUACUGUAGAAAGUGAAAGCUGUUCUUGACUACUGAUAAGUUGCAAUUUUGUAUUGAUGUAGAGCUGUUGGAUUAGAUGCAAGAUCUGUCUGGUCAUGAUGGAAAUUUGAGUAAAGAACUGACAUUUGUUUAGCCAAAAAGUCCAGGAGCAGAUUACUGGCUUUUAGUUGAGACAUGUUAGGACUUCUCAUAGAAGUCCUGUUGUGUAAAUUGGGAGAAUGAUUCAGCGUAUGGAUGUUAUGUUCUUCCACACUCCCAUACUCUCAUACUGUUGUGCACUACCACACGUUAACAAAGUUGAUUCUUUGGAGGAA